AUGGACCAUGAAGCCUUCACAGACUCAGCAUGGACCAUGAAGCCUUCAGACUCAACAUGGACCAUCAUAACCUCCAACACCUCAUCACCUCCAGCUUCAGGAUGGAGCAGAUUUUGGCCGUGGCGUCGCGAUGUUGGACCGUCAUGUGACCUGAUCUUGCCACGAGCCAUGAAUGAGUGUUGUUGGUCUUCAUCCAUCGCCAUCACCGCCAACAACGACCGACAUCGACCAACGGCAGCGGACUCGCACGAUGGAAGUGUUGCCGGCGUCUCCACGGUAACCGAACACCACCUGCUGAGUCCGCACCGUGGUUAG